AAGUUCUGGACCCGCAACAAAAUAAAAAAUUUAUUGACAAUUAUUUGGGAGAAGAAGUUCCUUAUGACUUAUCAAAGGUCAUUAUUAUUUGCGCUGCCAACGACCCUUGGAAAAUCCCAGCUCCACUAUUAGACCGUAUGGAAAUGAUUCACCUUUCCUCUUACACCGAAGUCGAAAAAUUUCAUAUUGCCAAGGACUACAGCAUUCCGGCCAUUUUGGAAAAAUAUCGCUCUAUUACUAAAAGAGAAGGUGGGGAAAGAAUCAAAUUUACUGACGAGGCUAUUAAAUAUUUAAUAAGAAGUUACACACGGGAAUCAGGGGUUCGGGAAUUAAAACGAAAGAUUGAAACUGUAGUCCAAAAGUUUAUCGUCCAAUUUAUUCAGGGAGAAAAAGAAGAAUUAAUUGUUACUCCGGAAAACUUGCUGGAUUACCUGAAAAAACCCGAUUAUGAGUUUACUAAAAAAC